AUGUCUAACAUGGGAGAUGGUACCUCAGUAAUUUCAAAUAAAAAAUUCAAGUCGAAUAAUAGUAAUAAAAAUGAUGUAAAAAAUUAUUAUAAUGGAUAUACACCAGAAGUUCAUCCAAAAACUUUGAUUGAAGAGUUAAGUUUUAAGAACGAUAUCAAAUCACCGGAAUGGUUUUAUGACAAUUUUAUUAAGAAAAGGAAACCAGCCAAGAUUAUAUUAGAUAGUGACACUACUACCAAAUACAAGGCGGAGGAAGACCUUAAAAAAAUCAUUAACAUGCUACAAAUUAAUAAUAUUUUGGAAACCUUAACUGGAAAUACUGAUGAAUACAAUUGCGAUGAACCUUUGCUACAGGUUGAAAAAGCUGUUGCUGGUGGAUUUGGUAGUGGAGAAAGGAGAUUAAAAAUGUCAUUCAGCGACUUUUAUCAUAAAGUAACCGGUGAUACGGAUGAAUCAUUAUAUUUAACUACCCAAUAUCUUGAGGACGAUCCAGAUUUACUUCUAAAGAAAGAAAUGAAAGAAGAAAAGGAGGAAGAAUAUAGUGACUAUGAGGAAACUGAAGAAGAGGAUGUAUUAUUUCCACAGGGUUCAGAUGCAGGAUCUUUUAAUCUAAAUGAUUUACAUGAUGAUUUUGAAGAAAUAGAAGCUGCUGCUGAAGAAGAAGAAGAAGAAGAAGAAGAAGAAAAAGAAAAAGAAGAAAAAGAGGAAAAAGAAGAAAUUGGCAUCUUUUUGAAAGAUGGCCCAUUGACUCCUGACGAGUGUUUAACCAGAGUAGAAGAGCUGUACCAACGCCCACUAACCAAGUUAUGCAAUGAUAAUAAAACGGAUAAAUAUAUUCCUUUGAAUUUGGAAUUUAUUACACCAAUGCUAAUUCCACAACAAAUUAAUUUAUGGAUGGGUAGCACCAGGUCUAAAUCCAAAAAUAAUAACGAAGCGGGAUUGAGCGAUGACUUUUUUGACAAAUAUCUAAAUACCGAGUUGUUUAACAGCAGAUCGGGGUUAGGAAAACAUGUCCCUGGUACAGGUAUUAGUUCUGGUUUGCACCAUGAUCAUGCUGAUAAUAUAUAUAUAGCUAUUGAAGGUCGAAAAAGAUUUACCUUAUACUCUCCCAAAGAUGCUACAAAUAUGUACACCGUUGGCGAUAUAAAGGAAAUUUAUUCAAGUGGUAUUAUUAAUUACGAAAACAAUAAAAAUGCACCAACUUGGAACAAUUUGAAUUCGGAUGGAUCUAUUAGAGAAGAUGCUGCCUGCUAUUUGGAUAAUAAUAGGAAUAACGAAAACAAGAAUUUAGAUCCCCCAUCCUUUUCUAAAAUUCCACCUGUAAUGCUACACCUGGAUGAAAUACAUAAUAAUAAAACACGUCAACAAUUGUUAAAGACGGGCUUAGUAUAUUGGCCCAAAUUUUUUAGUUGUAACAAAAUAGAGGUUACUUUAAAACCUGGAGAAUUAUUAUAUUUACCAACAGGGUGGUUUCACGAAGUUACUUCUUUUGGUGAUAUUCACAUAGCUGUUAAUUAUUGGUUUUUCCCCCCAAACAUAUCUUCAUCAGAACCAGCUACUCAGGCUACUUUAUAUAGUGAUGAUUUAAGGCACGAUUUUGAAAGAACUAAAGCUUCCUUGGAAUGGUAUAAUAAACAUGUCAACAAAUAA